AUGGAUUAUGAAUCAUUGAAAAAAGUUUUAAGUUCUAAUAACACCUAUAAUGGAGUCAAACAAUAUGUGGAAGCUGUUUAACAGUAAAGAAUGUAAUUAAAUUGACUAUUCUAAGGGACAUUAUGAAGGUAUGUGCUGAUGUAAUAAUCAAUAUCCUCAAUAAUUAACAAGGACCUCAUUAUCCAAAAUUCUUAUGUUUGAAAGUAUAUUAUAAUAUAUAUAUAUAGUUUAUCAAUGAAUUAUUGGAACUACAGGAAUAUGAAUGGAUUGAAUUGACUCAAAAGAAUAUAUUACCUAUUUUAGAAGAAUAUGCAAUGUUUAAAAAAGAGAGUUAAGAUGAUGAACGAGGAAAAUAAUUAUUUCUUUUGUCAUCUACUUCUAAAAAAAAGUAUGAAUAAAUGAAAGAAUUGGAAUAAGUUGGAUAAAUUUUUCAUCGUUAUACAUUAGAGAGUAUAUGGGUAUGGAGCAAAUGGUUUCCAAUUGAUACGGUUGUUGGAAAAUUGAGUUUGUAUAAAAUUGCUUAAGAGAGACUUUCAAUUAUGAAUGUUAAAUUUCCUACUAUUUCCUACUUUACAUUUGAGAAAGUCAUCAAUCAUUAGCAAAUCUAAAGGGUAACUAUAACUAUAAUGAAAUAAGCCACCUAAAGAGUUGUUACAAGAAUGUACUUAAAUUAUUAAGGAACAUAUAUAAGAUGGAUAAAAAACAGAUCUUACUUUAUUUUAAAGUAUUUUAACUAAAACUUAUUAUACUAAUAAAAAACAUAAUUUAUAAUCUAUUAAGACUUAUCCAUAAAUUUGGAAGGAUGCUCUUGAUUUGAUGAAAUAGGGUAAAUUGGGAAUUGAAAUUUCAAAUAAAUUAAAAUCAACUUCAAUAAAUCAAAUGGGAAGAAAAUUUCUAUAAGCUUCUAAAGCUUUGAGCAAAAGCAGAGGAGCAUUUUCAGAUUAAAUAUUUAACUUUACUCAAGUGUUAAGUGAAAAAGAGAAAUUAUUAUCUGAGAUUAAUGCUCAUAUAAUGGAAAAAGAAUAAAUAAAUAAUUAAUUAUAUGAAGAAAAGCAAAAAAAUCAAGAAUUAAAAUAAGAAAUAGAAAGAUUAAAAUAAUAAAUAAAUUAAAAACAAAUCUUAAAUAAUUAAUAGAAUACAAGUCAAUUUAAUUAAAAUAAUACUAUUUCUUAGUAGGAAAGUCUUAAAGAAUAAGAUAAAUUAAUUUAAAAAAGAGACUUAGAAAUUAAAAGAUUAUAAGAAUUAAAUUAGCAUUAUGAAGAUGUUAUUAAAUAAUUAAAAAAUAAUAUUAAUCAUCUUUAAAAUGUACAUGAUUUAAGGGAUAUGGAAGUAUUUAAAUUAUAAUAAUAAAAAAUUAAUUUAGAAUUAAAAUGCGAAGAAGUUUAAAAUUAAUUAAUUACUGCUUAAUAAUAAAUAAAAAGAUAAUGUGAAAAUAUUAAAUAAUUAUAAUAGCAAUUAAAUUAAUUAAAUGAAUAAAGUCUCAUUAAUUAUGAAAAACAAUCAAAUUAAAUUUAAAAGUUAUUGAAUGAUUAUGCAGCAUUAGGAUAGAAUAAUCAAUUAUUAAAAGAUUAAAAUGAAAACCAUAAACUUGAAAUUGAAUUACAUAAAAAUAAAAUAGAAAACUUAAAAGAAUGUCUUUUAAAAUUAUCUAAACAAUAAGAAUAAGUUUAAUAAGUUCCAUCAUUAAAACUUGGCUGUAAUUUAUUUUAUUUAAUUAGAAAUUUCUUAUAAUAAACUUGA